AUGUUGCGCCUAACACGUCGUCUCGACCAUCAUCGGCGCUGGCGUCCUCGCCUACUUGAGCUCCUACGACCUCCCUUGAGAUGUCCUCUCCAUGGUUGGCUCACCUAUGUGCCCAAACCUAUAGCACCUCAUCCUCUUGGGCCACCACACCGGGAAGCGCACAAGGAGUCUCGUUCUCACCUCAUCAACCCCGACUUACCUCCACGGUUUGCAUCCAGCACCCCUGGCGCCUUCCUCUCAACGGCACCCAUGGUGCUGUGCCCUGGCGCUGUCGCCCAUCUUCUGCAGCUUGGAUUGCCUCAUCAGGCAGCGCCCAAGGCGCUUCAUCUUCAUCAACCUAGGUCACCACUCCACCCAUGCCUCCUCUUUCUGUCAACACCACACCAGCGAGCUCCUGACCGCUUGCCUCAGCACCAAUUGCUCCAUCGCCAUGGAUACCGGUGGAUCUUCACAUCUCUUCUCCUUCACUUAACAUCAUCCCUAAGCACAAAACUUCGAAUGGGAUCACAAAUCCUCCCUCUUGCUUUUGUUCUUGAAAACCUCACUAGAAGCGCUAUCUCAAAAUGA